UUGAAAUCUUUAUCUAUUUCAGCUGACGUCUCCAAACAUUUAAUUAGCGAGGAAUGCCCUGACUAUGCCGCAGUCUUUCUUCUUUGCAAAGCAAAGUGUGAAUCUUCCUCAAAUAACUCUAUAGGAGAAGCAUCUUCUCUGGUUUCCUGUGCACUUCUAUUUUUACAAGCUGAAGAUAAGCUUAGAGACACUGCCUCCAUUACAUAUGGAGAAAAUUCGGAUGCUGCAUUCAUGUGCCUAUCUAAAGCCGCUAAGAUUUAUGAGUGUAAUAAUUAUCCCACGUUGGCGGCCAACGUUUACGGUUUCAUGGGAGAUUCCCUACUUCGCCUUAAUCAAUAUAGUGAUGCCAUGCAAAGCUAUCGAAAAGUUUGUGAGCUGCUUGCUUGUGAUACACUUCAAUGCCUACAUGUAUGGAACAAAUAUGCCACCUGCCAACUAAGGAUCCCAAAUGAGUUCCAAUAUUAUGGCCAGUUUGCCGACUACUUAGUUUCCUCAGAAAUCUUCCGCGUUCUUUUGAUAAUGUUGACAGAACUCGCUCACCAAGCGAAAAAUCCUUCUCAGUUUGAAUUUGCAGCCUCAUCCAUACAGCGGUACUUAGAUAUGGACCAAAGGGAUAUUAUGAUGCUUGCCCUUGAUAAUAUGAUUAAUCCCAGCGGGGAUACUUUUUGA